AUGGGGCACGCUCACCGCAGAGUUAGAGCCGGGGUUUCUGCAAAGAAAGCCCCCGGGAUAUCCGACGUGUCCACCCAGCUGGAGCUGAGCAUGAAAAUGGGACCAGGGCAAGCCACAGAGUACCUGCUAUCCAGUAAGCAGUGCCCAAAUCACCACAAAAGAGUGUCCAGAAGAUCUGUUCAAAAGGUGAAUCAGUGCAUUCAAGUUGAUAUGGACUUAGAAGAGGACAACCCCAGUGCAGACCUGAGCCUUUCUCCGACAACGGGCCUUUCUGGGAAGCCACAGCAAUCUCUGGAGAAUGGGUCACCUUCCCAGCAAGGUGUUUCCUCAUGUUCUCAGGGACAGUCUGACACACCAGCACUGCUGCCAGCUCCUCCACCUCUACCCCCUGGGGAUAAAGUGCCUCCUGCACACUUUCCUGUGCCUGGUGUAAAUGCCCCAUCUCUCCCACCUCCCCAGCCAUGCAGUAAUCCUGAGUGCGAUCAUCUUGCUUGUGGAUAUGGGGGACAGCACCAGCCUAAGAAGACACCAACCUUGAAGAUGAAGGUGUUUCACUGGCAGAAGCUCCCCUCUGACGUGGCAAGACAAAGCUGCUCCAUGUGGGCCGUGACACCAAGCAGCAGCAAGGAGCUGGUAGAGCCUGACUAUGAAAGCUUGGAGCUGCUUUUCUCUGUCCCAGCAACAGUACCUAAGGAGAAAAUGGGGCCAAAAUUAAAGAAAGCAAAAGAGAUCACGUUCAUAAGUCCAAAGAAAAACUUAAUUCUGAGUAUAUUUCUGAAGCAAUUUAAGUGCUCCAAUGAAGAGAUUGUUGCCAUGAUUCAGGAAGGGGAUAGGUCCAAGUUGGAUGCUGAGAUCCUGAAGCAGCUACUUAAACUGCUGCCUGAAGACCAUGAGAUAAACAGCCUGAAAACUUACAAUGAAGAAAAAUCAGAACUAGCAAAUGCAGAUCAGUUUUAUCUCCAUCUCUUAGCAGUUCCUUGUUAUGAGCUGCGGAUUGAAUGUAUGCUGAUUUGUGAGGAAACAAAAAAUCUGCUGGAGUGUCUGUGGCCAAAAGCACAAUCCAUCAAGACAGCUUGUGAAACACUUCUUACCAGUCACCGACUGCCAGUGUUCUGCCAAUUGGUUCUUAAAGCUGGAAAUUUUCUGAACUAUGGCCAUCACACUGGAAAUGCUGGAGGUUUUAAAAUUAGUACCUUGCUCAGACUAGCAGAAACAAAAGGAAACCAAAGCCACAUUACUCUGCUUCAUCAUAUUUUGGAGGAGGUUGAAAAAAACCACACAGAUCUGCUGCAGCUUCCCAGAGAUCUUGACUUUGUUUCCAAGGCAGCAGGAAUCCACUUUAACGAUAUGCAGGCUGAGACAGGUGCCAAUUUGAAGACGCUGUUGGAAAUAGAGAAGCGUUUAUUUUUGUCGACAGACAGUUUAAGAAUGAAGCAUGCAAAAUUUGUUCAAGACAGUCUCAGUGCUUCGAGGGACCUGCAGGAGGAGUUUGCCACCAUUGAAAAGAAAAAGGAAGAACUUGCUGAUUACCUUUGUGAAGACCGAAAAAAUUUUUCUUUGGAAGAUAUAUUUAGCACAAUGAAAACCUUCAGAGAGCUCUUCCUCAAGGCCUUACAGGAAAACCAAGACAGGAAGGAGCAAGCUGCAAAGGCUGAAAAAAGGAAGAAACAGCUUAAAGGAGAAGAUGCAAAGAGGCUAAAGCGACAGGAUGAAAACAGCAAUAAAUUUAACAAAAACUAA